CACAGGACCACCAAUUAUUGUGGGACCUUAAACCGGGGAACAUGGCUGCAACGGUAAUUGGCCUUGUGAAGAUCAAAGUGAGAGUGCUUGAAGUGUUGAAGCUUGUGCAGUGGACUCAGGCUCAUCGUCUAUGGUGGCUUUCAAGCUUCGGCAUUGCGUCAAGAAGCAGGGUCUGUGUUAGAGGAUUGAAGCUCGUAGUGCAUAUCACUUGUUGCUGCAGCCAUGGCUGAGCCAGUGAUUGUGGUUCCGAGGAAGGGUGUCUACAGCGAUGACAGUUACCAUCACCAUCACAGACACCACUCGUUUCACAGCUGCACCAACUUCCUUCUCCGGACUUUGACUGCUGGUGCGACUGCCGCUGCAGUUGUCGUCAUGCUCAUUUCCACGCAGACCUCGGGGACCAUCUAUGGCUAUUUCAGGGGUCGUUGGAGAGAUUACCCUGCCUACAAGUGGCUUAUCAUUGCGAACGCUGUGGUAUUUGUGUACUCUGUAAUGGCGGCCAUUGUGGCGUGCUUUUCGGUGAUCGCACGGAGAGGGCCUCUCAGCUACUCGCCAAGCGCAUGGCUGACACUCCUAGUUGACUUCCUUGCAGCGUCUGCGUUGAUAUCUGCGGCGUCAGCAGCGCUGGCGGUCGCUUUGCUAGCAAGGAAUGGCCAAGACUUGCAAGGAACGCAUUACUGGCCCACGGUCUGCAACUAUGUGUCAAAGUUCUGCGACUACACGCAAGGCGCCAUCAUCGCCAGCUUCGUCGGCUUCGGAUUGCUGUUCCUGUCCACUCUCUUAGCCGCCUCUGCUCUCUACCACCUCUCCCAUCGACGACAUUGAAGAGGAGCCCGAGUGUCUGAGCUCAUAAUCUCAUUUCUGCAGAUUGCAACAUGAGCACGUAGUCUCUUUGUAAUAUAUGUGCAGCUUUAGCUAUUUGCCUAGUUGUAAGUGGACUACGUCCUAGACAAGCCAGCUCUUCUCUACACAUGACAGAUUACUGCACUGUGUCAAAUCAAGAUGAAUCAAUAAAUAAACUAGAAUCCUUUUUGCUUUUGAGGUCUGAA